AAUAUCAAUUAGUGUCUGUACCUCCUUCGUAUUUUAAGAGUUGCGUAGUAGCUUUGUUGGCGGCAAUUCCAUGGCGCCUUCGAAGCUCCUCGUUCUUCUCGCGUUUUUCCUUGCCCUAGUUUCCACCCGCAUUAGGGCCGAUGUUUCCAUCGAUGGAGGCGGUGGACAGGAUGGGUCUGUUAGACUGACUGGAGUCGACAGCGGCUCUGAUUCUUCGGCUGUUGAGAUCGAAUUGGAUCAACUCAAGUCUAAGAUCCAAACUCUAGAAUCUCAAAUCAGUGAAAGAUCUCAAGAAGUGAAGAAAAAAGAUGUAAUAAUAGCAGAAAAGGAAAACAUUAUUCAAGACAGCUCAAAUACUAUUGAGUCCUUGCAGAAAGACAUUGCUGCUCUCCAGAAAAAGGGAACAUCAGAUGCUGAGGAGCAGGUUGGGAAGGCUCAUGCACGCGCUGAUAAACUGGAAAAGCAGGUUGACAAGCUAAAAAGGGAACUAGAAUUACAGAGCAAGGAAAAAGUGGCCUUGGAAGCUCGGGUAAAUGAUGCUGAGAAAAAAAUUCGUGACUUGAACUCAAAGCUAGCAGAUCUUCAAAAGAUUAAUGAAGAUCAGAAGGUGGUGAUUCGUAAAUCAGAACGUGCUCUUAAAGUUGCUGAGGAAGAAAUGGUGAAGGCAAAACUUGAGGCAACAUCCAGAAGAGAAGAGCUGUCACAGGCUCAUGGCGCUUGGCUUCCACCUUGGCUUGCUGUGCACCUAGUCCAUUGUAAGUCCUUCGUCGAGGCUCAUUGGAAUGAACGUGGGAAACCUGCUUGGGAAAUGAUUUCUCAGAAGACCCUAGAGAAGAAGGCACAAGCUGAAAAGUGGGCUCAACCGCAUGUGGAAACCAUGAAAACUAAAUGGGUCCCUGCUGCAAAAGAACAGUGGUCUGUGGUGAAAACAAGUGCUGAACCUCAUGUGCAAUUAUUAACUGCAAAAACAGUUGAAUCUUACAAGGUAACAAAAGAUGCAGUUACUCCGCACUUUAACAGGUUGCAAGAAGUUGUAGAUCCUUAUUAUCAGGAAGCUAAAAAGUUCACAAAGCCAUACAUUGAUCAGGUUGCUGUUGCUGCCAAACCUCAUGUUGAUAAAGUACAAGUGGCUUUGAAGCCUUACACGAAGAAGGUUAUUCAUGCAUAUGGGAAAUUCCUGGAAUCAGCUACUACGUAUCAUAGCCAGGUCCAAGCUACUGUUCGGGAGGCGCUAAAAAAGCAUGAAAUUACAAGACCUCUGGCUACCAAGGAGUUGGAGUGGUUUGCGGCCUCUGCUGCCUUAGCCUUGCCUGUUAUUUUACUGGCUAGAGUUUUCUCUGCCAUUUUCAGCAAAAAGGGAAAUAAGCCUAUUCGGAAUGUAAAUUCCCACCAUGCACGCCGGAAAGCUAAAAGAGGGCAUCCAGACAAGUAGAUGGCACACCCUUGUUUCCUGCUUAAUUUUUAAAAGGGCAGUUAAGAUGGAUUUUCCUGGUCUCACGGGCAUCUUAGGGCUUUGAGAUUUCCUUCUCUUUGGACUCCGAAGCUUCUGCGUUUGGUCUUUGGGAGAGUUUACUUUAAUGAUGUCACACUUUAGAGCUGGACACGAGUUACUUAGGUGUUCUUGUAUUAUGGCUGUGCUAUAUUUGUUAUUUUACAUUCUUUCCUGUUGAGUUUAGAUUCUUGACGUAGUGAAUGUGUCCACGUCAAAUAUUUAUUCAUCGUAAUCAGAGUCAGAUGUGGUUGUUGAAGAUAUCUGAUGGAAUUUGAAAUAUGAGAAAAGAAUCUAAUUUACAGCUUGUUCUUCACCCGUUCA